AUGAUGUCGAAUAAUUCGUUCAAUGCUGAUCUUGACAGUAAUCUUAAUUAUAUUUUACUUUUUCGUCUUAUUGUUUGGGGUUAUUUCGGAAUGGUUUUAAGUCUCUUUGGUAUUAUUGGAAAUAUCAUUACCAUGUUGGUACUUAUAUCUCCAUCAAUGCGUACUACAUCGACAAAUAUCUAUUUGACAGCAUUAUCAUGUUCAAAUAUACUUUUUCUUCUAAUGUUUAUACCAUCAUAUUCGAUAAGAUAUUUAUUAGAUUAUCGAUUGUAUAUGACAAAUCAACCUCCAUCUGCAUUUGAAAUAUUAUUAAUACGUCUCCCAACAACUCCUGUAUAUAAUACUAUUCUUCUUUCAAUGAUUUAUAUAACAAUAGCUGUAUCAAUGGAUCGUUUAAUAUUAGUAAAAUUUCCAUUAAAAGCCAAACGAAUGUUAACACAAUGUACGACAUUAAUAACUAUAUUAUUAAUUUAUAUUUUUUGUAUUGUUUAUUGUAUGCUAUAUUGGUUAGAACAACGUUAUAUACCUGAAUUAAAACAAUGUCGUUUAACAAAUAUUGCUAAUAAAAAAAACCGAACUGAUUAUCAUAUAACAUUAAUGCUUAUUACAAUGAUUAUUGCUUUUGUUAUAUGUCAAUUACCAUUAUUAAUACUUAAUGUAUGGUAUGCUAUUGAUCCUCAUGGUGCAUAUUAUAAUCAUUUAUUUCAUAAAUUAAAUUCAAUUGGUAUAUUACUUAUUGUAUGUAAUACAUCAACAAAUUUUUUACUUUAUUGUUUUUUUGGACAAAAAUUUCGACAAACAUUAAUUGAAUUUAUUUUACAAAUUCUACCAAAACAAUAUAAACAAACAAAUAUACAAAAACGAUCAUCAAAAUUAAUUCAACUAGAACGAAAACAAUCAUUAGAAAGCAUUUAUGAACAAAAACAACGAAUAUUAUCAAAAAAUUCUGUAUCAAUAACAAAUUCUUUAAAUCAUAAUAAUAUAAAAUCAAAUGAAUUAAAUCAACAAAUAGUAAAUGAUAAAUCAAAUCAAAAUUCACUUCAAACAUGUUGUGAACAACGUUUUCCACGUAAACGUUGUGCUAAAUGUAAUUCAGCGAUAACGUCAGCUGGUAUUACAUUUACUGGAGCUUCUUAUCAUGCGGCUUGUUUCUUGUGUAUGUAUUCACAAAAUAAUAUUCUUUAA